AUGUGGAAGGGACCCGCGUCGACCAAAGGGACUGAAGAGAGGAUGGGCACAUCGAACCGCCGCAUGGGCAGCCCCUUGGCCCAACCUAUGGUGAACACUCAGAGGCUUCUGAUGAUAGUCCUGAUCAUUCUUCUGUGUAUAAUAAUAUACAGCGCAACGGAAAACUCUACCUCAUGGGGGGUGUUUUACUGGAUUAAUUCCAAAGACAGAGCCACUGGUUCAAAGCUUUCGAAGGUUCAGGGGGCCUGCGGAGAUCCUCAGGUUGAUCUCAGUCACGUUCAUCUGGAUAAUUUUUGCGGCAACUGGCAAAAUGAUUACACCGCUCGGCAUCAGCUUCAAAGGCAACAAUUGACUGGAGUGAUAGAGAAAGGUCUGCAAGACGGUGUAACCGGGACGCCUCUUCCUGAUUGGCGAAAGAAAAUCCCUGAAGACGCGUUCCCCAAUAUACUGAUCUUUGUUUGUGACAGAGAGAGCGAUGGCCUUGAUUGCGGCGGUAUGGGAGACACCCUUUUGGGUGCCACAAGCGCGUUCCUAUACGCGAUUCUCUCAAAAAGGGCGCUGUUUCUAUCUUGGCCAAAAUACGAGUCUUCGUUUCUACCCGGAGAGAUCAACUGGAAGCUCCCUAAGGGCUUCGUGCUGCCCCAGUUCGUGGCCGACCUUACAGAAGGCCGCGACGCCUCAGGCGAUGCGACCGUAGAACGUCAUGGAAGGGACGUGGUCUUAAUCGAUUACUUUGGUCGAGGGAGCAUACCCUCAAUUGAGGAUCUGGACGUACAAACCGCUGGAGCGAAGAUUGUAGUAGUGAGACAAAACAAAGGGUACGUGGUACCGUGGUUGCUAGCGGAUGCAGGACUCCAGUCCACGUUGGGGGUCCAGGUGUCUCAAGCCUGGGGAUGUCUGAACAGGUUCCUUCUUUGGGCGAACCCCAUGCCAACAGCCCUAGAUUUCGUUGCGCUUGGCGAUCAGAUCGAGUCUCAGGAUGCCCUCAGCAUUUGUGUACACGUGCGGCUGGGAGACGAGGAGAUACACGCGAACCAAUCCUUGUACAAGGACUCAGAACACGAGAGCCUGGUUGAUGCAAUCAUGGAGUCCGUCGAGAUCCUUGAGAAAUAUUGGCAAACGGAGGCGUGUUCUUCCACCAACGUCUUCUUCUUCAGCAGCUCGAACCAUUUGAAGGAGAUAGCAGCCGCAAGAUACAAGAAUGUAAUCACGACGCCCGUGCGGCCCGUUCACACCGGCUUGUUAGGCGUGAGCCGUCUGUCGGACGUCCAAAUGACCGCAAGAGAGUGGAGCUUGUUGUCCAAGUGCAAGAUGUAUCUUCUUACGCAGUCCGGGUUUUCGGCGACCGCAGUUGCUAGAGGUUUACACAUGGACAAGAUAUUUACCAUCUCCUUGAGCGAGAAGUUGGUUCCAUGGCGGCCGGCGCAUAUCCUGGACCUUGCGACUUCUUGGAGCGGGCUGUAGUGUGCAGAAAGACGCGCCAAAAAAGAAAAUGCUCAGUAGGAGAAAGUGGAACCGUCAAACCACAAUGUAUUUCUAUUUCAUAUAUAUAUAUAGCAAUGCAGGGAGUUAACGUCACAAAUGUUGAACGCGAAUGGCU